AUGAACAAGCCCCACGCCCCCCGAAUUGCGACGGCCCUGCCCCUCGAUGAUAACUCCCACAACACAGCAAACAACACUUUUAGAGGCCGUGAUACAUCCCUUCGUUCAGCCUCUCGUCCUAUACCCGUUCCCGCGCACACACCUUCCCGUGCUGCCGCCUCCCUUACACCAAACUCCCGUCGGCACGACCACGCCUAUGCUACAUUGUCAACCAGUCCCUUGUCGUCCUUCACGCUUCCUGAUGUCUCUGUUACCACGCCGCCACUUGCCCAUUUCCGUGCAGAUACAAUAGCACCGGCUUCCAUACAAGAGGGCGAACUCCCACCUCCACAGUCCAACACACUGAGUCUUGGAUCACCAGCUAUCCCGAGACGCUCCAUCAGUCCUGUUGGCUCUCUGAGAAUCUCGACUGAUUUCCCUCCACGCCCUACAACUCCGGACCGCCGCGAAUCUUACAAUAACGGGAAUGGCAUUGGCUCGUCUCGUGGCUCGUUGACGUUGAACCAUCGGGCUUCGUCUAACAACUUACACCCUCUUUCAAGGACACCGAGUCUUAAAGCUGCGUUGACCAACAGUCUUGGCUCUGCCAGUGGGACCAGUAGCUUGGUCCCUAGUCCUAUUAUCUCUGCUAUGGGAGAUAUGACGCCGCUCCCAAGCCCGCUCAUGUCGGGAGAUUCCCCAGGACCUUGGAAGAGGCUGAAUGCAAGCUCCUCGUCACCUCCACAGCACCGCCUCAAAAGCGUCGGAGAAGGUUCUGUUUUGGUCACAAGCACAGGUGAAUCGAUUGAUUCCGCAUUUUCCCAUGGUGCCAAACGCAAGAUAUACUCAUCCCUUGAACCCGGCGAACCUGUGCCAAUUCAAUCAUCUACUAAUCAGCAGCCACGACAACAUACACGGAAUCGAAGCGUGAGCGACUACGUUCCCGAUCCUAUGGGUAUUCCUAAGAGGCAGAUAUCAGUAUCUGGACCGCGACCCAACGCUGAAGCUUCAACACGAUCCCUCGAGCCCCAAAUCCGACGGGAGCUUAACCUUUCGGAAUCUCGCGGGCUUACACCUUCCGUCGUUCAACCACCGACCCCUCCCCCAAGCGAGUCAUCGCGAGAUUCAGCCGAUGGUACUGGAAAGCCCACGGGCACGCGUUUCGAGUAUUUUGAAGCGAACGGACGUGAUGAUAAGAAACGCCGCCGUUGGAGGGCUGUACGGUUGCUUGGUCAGGGAACUUUCAGUAGAGUCAUGCUGGCGACAAGCCAGAUCGAACCCGACGAAGACUCUCCUGAAGUUGAUCACGGCAGACUUACACCCAAACCCGAGCAGAGUCUCGAUCGCAAGACUCUGGUGGCCAUUAAGGUCUGUGAGCAGGGACCCAAGGGUGGCGCUAGUGAGGAACGUGUCGAAAUGAGUCUAAAACGCGAGCUGGAGAUCAUGCUCUCAAUUCAUCAUCCCUCUCUGGUUGACUUAAAGGCUUGGAGCAUUGAACCUACUCGAGCAAUUCUUGUUCUUAGCUACUGCCCGGGAGGAGACAUGUUUGAUAUCGCGACGGCCCAUCGCACUGUACUCAAGGAGCCCCUAUUGCGAAGGAUAUUUGCCGAGAUGGUUGGUGCGGUGAGCUAUCUUCAUGAAAGAAGAAUCGUUCACCGGGACAUCAAGCUCGAGAACGUACUCGUUAAUCUCAGCCCAUCUGAGCUCGCGGAUCCAUCUAUGGACUGGACAACUUACCCGUACUCCGUGGUUAUCCUAAGCGAUCUGGGCCUGUCAAGGCGUAUAGCCGACGACGAGAAAUUAGAAACCAGAUGUGGAUCAGAAGACUACGCAGCGCCUGAGGUGAUUAUGGGCCAACCCUACGACGGACGGGCAACCGACGCCUGGUCUCUAGGUGUGCUCCUUUAUGCUCUUCUCGAGGCUCGACUUCCCUUCGAUCCCCACCCAGGUAUGAGUGAUGCGCACCGUAUGCGCAGUCGUACUAGCCACCGCAUCGCCAGAGUCGAAUGGAAAUGGGUAGAAUAUUUUGGUGACGACACCGACCAUGAUGGCGACGAAGCCAAAUUCAAGCAAAAGGGUCUCCUCGGUGCCAUGGAGAUUACAGAAGGAUUGCUAAGGCGAGCCAGAGGCCGAUGGACUGUCGACAAAGUAUCAAAGACCCCAUGGGUUCAGGGCGCGAUCAAUGUCGAAGGCGGACUGCGCUUCCGGGAAGAGAAGGACGGCGAAGAAGUGUCUUGA